UCCGGAAGGCUUUUCCAGAAGAGAAAGACAAUACUCUGUGGUGCGCUUAAACUCGAGAGACAUUGAAAAUACAGUGUAACACCUCUGUAAGCGAGAAGUGCACAGGAGCAUAUUUAAAAGUAAAACAUAGCAAUAUAUGGAGCCUAGCCGCUUACUAGCUUGAACUUCCGGGUCAUCUGUCAAUCGAACGCGGACGGAGGAAAGAAGAAGGCGCUUUCGUUGCCCUGGCGACACCUGAAGGGGCAGGCCCACCCGCUGCUUGGGCGGAACUGAGGUCUUGGUGCUUCCAGCGCGGGGCCCGGAUGGGCGUGGCUCUGUCGCCGGAGUAACCGGUUGGCGGCCUUGGUGAUGCUGUGUUCCUGUCGCCACGGCCGGUUUUCGUCCUGAGAUCCUGUAGCCAUGAAUAAGACUGAUUUUCUGGGGAAAUGAAGCUAUGUAUCCCAGUUUUGAAAGGCUUGAAUCUGCUGGGUCUUGAAAAAUCCCAUUUCUGAAUCAUAGUGAGAGAUACGUUUUCACUGCAGAGUGGUAUGAUCCAAAUGCUUCACUUCUUCGUCGUUAUGAGCUUUUGUUUUACCCAGGGGAUGGGUCUGUUGAAAUGCAUGAUGUGAAGAAUCAUCGUACGUUUUUAAAGCGGACCAAAUAUGAUGACCUGCGCUUAGAAGAUUUAUUUAUAGGCAACAAAGUAAAUAUCUUUUCUCGACAACUAGUAUUAAUUGACUAUGGUGAUCAAUAUACAGCUCGUCAACUGGGCAGUAGGAAAGAAAAAACAUUAGCCCUGAUUAAACCAGAUGCAGUAACAAAGGCUGGAGAAAUAAUUGAAAUAAUAAACAAAGCUGGAUUUACUAUAACUAAACUUAAAAUGAUGAUGCUUUCCAGGAAAGAAGCAACUGAUUUUCAUGUAGACCACCAGUCAAGGCCGUUUUAUAAUGAGAUGAUCCAGUUUAUUACAAGUGGUCCUGUUAUUGCUAUGGAGCUUUUAAGAGAUGAUGCAAUAUGUGAAUGGAAAAGACUGCUUGGACCUGCAAACUCUGGGGUGGCUCGUACAGAUGCUCCUGGAAGCAUUAGAGCCCUUUUUGGAACAGAUGGCAUAAGAAAUGCAGCUCAUGGCCCAGAUUCUUUUGCUUCUGCUGCCAGAGAAAUGGAGUUAUUUUUCCCUUCAAGUGGAGGUUGUGGGCCAGCAAACACUGCAAAGUUUACCAGUUGUACCUGUUGUAUCAUUAAGCCCCAUGCUGUCAGUGAAGGACUGUUGGGAAAGAUCCUGAUGGCUAUUCGAGAUGCAUGUUUUGAAAUCUCAGCUAUUCAAAUGUUCAAUAUGGAUCGUGUUAAUGUUGAAGAAUUCUAUGAAGUUUAUAAAGGUGUAGUGACAGAGUAUAAUGAGAUGGUGACAGAAUUGUAUUCUGGCCCUUGCGUAGCAAUGGAGAUUCAACAGAAUAAUUCUACGAAGACAUUUCGAGAAUUCUGUGGACCUGCAGAUCCUGAAAUUGCCCGGCAUUUACGCCCUGGAACCCUAAGAGCAAUCUUCGGUAAGACUAAGAUCCAAAAUGCUGUUCACUGUACUGAUCUGCCAGAGGAUGGCCUGUUAGAGGUCAACAACAUGGGAGACAUUCUUGUUUGGUGGCUUUCAAUCUGUUUUACUGCCUCUGUCAUCUUCUAUACAGAACUGUCUACUCCUUCAGCGAUAUUUCUCAUCUCUGCAGGCCCUAGUGGGAGUUGGGGCUAGAAUGAGGCUGUAUGUGGGCUCUUAGUAGGUGCUUUGAAGAAGUGUUCUUCCAGGGAAGCUGCUGAUCACCUGCUUUUCUGUGCCAUCACUAAAGACAGCAGAUGAAUCUGGCCUGAGGGAGGAAGUGCCAAAGUCCGCGGAAACAGGAUUCUCAUUGGGUUCUCUCCAGGCACGCUGUAAAAGCCUCAGCUCAUAGUCGGUUAUGUAACGAAUGGUAACCCUUCUAAUGAUCAGUACUGGUCCCUUUUGGUUUCAACCUUGGAGUUGCAAGUAGCUUAUUCUGGGUAAAGGAAUCACAGUCAUGCUGGUUUAAAACAAAAUAAUAAUAAUAAUAAUAUUUUUUUUUGCUUGAAAUAUCAAUGUACAUAAUUUUCUGUACAAAGUUCUCCCCUUUCCUUGUUACACAUUAACUUUCUGGUUACUGUAUAAUCACCAUCUGAAAGCUAAAGAUCUGCUGUUUACUAGGCACAAGGCAAAGAGAACUAUAAAAUGUACCUCAGUAGCACACAACAUAGCUUCUAUAAGGUCAUUGUCAUUGUAGAUUUUCUGAGUAUUGCCUUCAAAUUAUUUUAAUAAAGAAUCUAUUGCUCUACUGUUCACAGAAA